UACUUAUAUUCAACUCUUUUGAUUGUUCUGAAAGUCAGAAUUCAGGGUAUGACAAGCAUACAGGACAAAAUAAUUUUUGGCUAGCAAAAGGUUGAGCACAUAAUACAGCAUUAGAUAUUAAUUCUUCACUGAAAGAGACUUGUCUGGGAAAUUAAAUGAAUGUGUACUGUUGCAUUUUGUGGAAGUUGAAGUAAUUUCCAUGUAAUCUGUAAAGACUUUGGCUUUAAAAGUGCUGCAUAAACUGUUCUAAAUGAAAGCACGCUGGAAACUUUCUCAGACACAAAAUGGCCGAGGAAGACUUUGACAAAGACAGUUAAGAUUCGGUUGCUCAGAAUUCAUUUUAGGGGAGCAGGUACUUGUAAUUCUUCUCUCAGUUGUUUUGCUUUAUUCCAGCCAGAUUUUUCAGUCUUCCCACAACAGACCCAGACCUGUUUGAUCUGAGGGAAUCUUUCAACAAUUUCAACUCAACGAGAGCCUGCGUUUCUUUACAGCUCUAACGUGAGGCACUCUCUGUCCUUUUACAGUCUUUUUAGUAUCUCAGAAAAAAAAAAAAAAAAAAAAGAGCAGCAUAAUAGGAGGGCCUAUUUUGUUUUUUAAAGCUGUAAAGUUAAUUUUUGUUAAUUUACUAGAUCUUCUCAGGUUGAAUUUUGUACUGAAAGGAAGUUCGCUGAGGAAUUGUGUUCCUUUCAAUGCUGACCUGCAAAGAUCUGAUUACUCGACUCCAACAUUACUUGUCUUAUGUGACAAACAAAUAAAAGUCCCUGAAAGCAAGAGCUAAACGAUCGUCCACUGCACAAUUUAUUUCUUUCCUUCUCUGUUCUUUUCUACAAUUCUGGGUCUGAAAAGUGCUCUGUUGAGGAAACAAGCUUUCUGGAAUCAAUACUGCCACUCACUGUAUUUUUACCCUGCCUGGUAAAACUGGAUAGCUUUCUGUAAUGUAUCUAGUCACUUGGCAAGCAAUGGCAGAUGCUAGUGGGCCUGCAGCUUAACAUUCUAUCAGAGCCAGAUUAAGUGAUGAAGAAAACCAUUGCUCUGUUGGCCAGUUUGUAUGAUUAAUUUCCUUUGCACAAUGUGUAAGAAUAGUUACUCUGGGCAGACCCUGGGUUCAUCUAGUCCAGGAUCUUGUUUCCAUUAGUAGCUGUUAGCAGACAAGCCCGGUGACAGAGCUUGGCUCAGGACUGUCAGCUAAACUGUAUGUGCAGAUGCUUUUCAGAUCGUAUUUUGAAAUUUGCAUUGGCUUGUGAAGAGAUGGUUCUGCCUCAGGAAUGUGUUAGAAUUAGACUUUUGAUUAUUCUGCUGUUUGCCGGAGCUCUCCCUGAAGAAAUAGUGCCACAAAAGAAAUAAUACUUCUGUCAGAGAAAAGGAAUAACAUCGUAACUGUUACUAAAAUAAUUUAUGCUUAGCAGUAUUCAUUAUGUACAAAAGCAUGUAUUGUGAUACCAUCAAGUAUUGCAAUGCUUCAGACAUCUCAGCUGAGAGAUGCAGAAGGUGUUGGAGUGCUCUGUGCUGCAACUUGAUGUCCCUCAGUCUGUUUUUCAGGCUCUUGUAGCUCCCUUGACACUUCUGGUCAGUCUGAUUUCAUGAGUCGAUGGGGAGGUGCUUGCUAGAGGGUUUUGUCACUGAGAUGGAGUCUGAAGUGGCUUAGUGCUAAGACAUCUGGCCCCUCUGGUGCUUCUCCCUUUUCUGCCCCUGUUUUUAGUCAGCAGGCCUGCUCUGGUCAGACAGGUGCAGCCACAAGGAAGCACUGCUAUGAAGCAAAGAGGGAAGAAAGGAGGUGGGAACGAGCCCCUUUUUAGCUCUCCUGAGGGGAGCUUGGGAAAGGCAGGUGUAGUGCUGCUGAGUUGUAGGCAGAGGCGGAGGACACUGGCAAAACUAAAGUCGAGGCAAUGCAAAGCAAUGUCGAGCAAGUCAUGGACUAGUGUUUCACUUAAUAACUAAUGCAGUUUUGGCUUAUUGCCUUUCUGUGCUGGAAGAACGGACUUGCCUAACAGCACCCUCUGGUGAGCCCUGCAGUGGAAUAAAUAGAGGAUCAGAAGGAGCAGCCUGUACCACGAGGUCCUGUCCCUGACGAUUAAGCUUUUUACAUUGCUUUUCCUCGGUGAGAAUGGCAAGGAUUCGGAUUCCUAGCACAAUCGUUAUACUUUUUGUUACAGUUCAGACUGGAUUCUUACUCUUCAUGUAUGCCCGGUACAGCAGCUUCAUGCCUCAGUCUGAGGAGAAACCAUCUCAAGUCCACAUCCUCAUUCUCUCUUCCUGGCGGUCGGGAUCUUCUUUUGUCGGUCAACUUUUCAGCCAGCACCCCAGUGUCUUCUACCUGAUGGAGCCCGCAUGGCAUGUGUGGGUUACGAUGUACCAGAACAGUGCCAGGGUCUUGCACAUGGCAGUGCGGGACCUAGUCAGGUCGGUCUUUUUGUGUGACAUGUCUGUGUUUGAUGCAUACAUGCCUUGGAAAAGAAACUUAUCUGAUCUUUUCCAGUGGGCAGUGAGUCGGGCUCUGUGUUCAGCUCCUGCUUGUGACUCCUUUCAACGUACCGACAUAACCAGUGAAAUGGCAUGCAAGACUCUUUGUGGACGGUACCCAUUCAGCAAGGUGGAGGAAGCCUGUAAAACUUACAGCCAUGUUGUCAUCAAGGAGGUUCGAUUCUUUGACUUGAAGGUCCUCUACCCCCUUCUCACUGAUCCAUCCAUGAAUCUCAAAAUUAUUCACUUGGUCCGAGACCCCAGGGCAGUUGUCAAGUCACGGGAACAAUCGGUCAAAGCAUUAGCCCGUGACAAUGGAAUUGUUUUGAGUACCAAUGGCACUAAAGUGGAAGACAGCAAAUACAAAGUAAUGCAAGAGAUUUGUAGAAGUCACGUGCAGAUUUAUGAAACGGCUACUCUAAAACCACCUAAUUUCCUUAAAGAUCGCUAUUUAAUGAUCCGUUUUGAAGAUCUGGUCAGGGAUCCGUUAUCAGAAAUCUCAGAAAUGUAUAAAUUUGCCGAUCUUAGUUUGACCCCCAUGCUCAAAAGCUGGAUCUAUAAUAUCACGCACGGACAGGGACCAGGAAAAAAAAAAGAAGCCUUCAAAAUCACAUCUCGAGAUGCAGUUAGUGUUUCACAGGCCUGGAGAAAUGUCCUUUCCUUCCAGAAAAUUAAGAAAAUACAGGAAGUUUGCAAAGGUGCUAUAAACAUGCUUGGCUAUCAGCUGGUGGAUUCAGAAAAAGAACAAAGAGAUCUGUCAUUGGAUUUAGUGUUGCCAAGACGACAAAAUCAAUUCAGUUGGUCAUCAUUUAAUCCAAAGCACUAAGGUGUUAUUUUUGAGAGAUCAGGGCGGGGGGGGGAGGGGUAGAUGGUUGAGGAUUUGUUUACUGUGCAGCGUAUGGGUAAUUUGAAAAUCCUUGGCUGAUGAGUUUAGCUAUCUUCCUGUCUGCUGUUUUUCCGUAAUGGAAGAAGGACUUUUUUACGAGUUUCUUACACUGCAAAAACAAAACAAAAAAAAAGCAUGAGAAAUAUCAUGAGAUACUUGUCAGAUUGCAAAUUUACAGCUGAGCUGUGCUGUUCUCAGAAUUGUUUUAAAAAAAUAAUUUAAGUACUUCCUAUUAAAAGAUGGAAUUGUCAAAAA